GCCUUAAACUGAGUUUCCCUCCAGCCCCAAGCCAGGAGCAGCUCUCAGUACCGGGAGAGACACAGAGCACUUGAGCUAUUUCAGCCACAUGAAAAGCAUCGGAAUUGAGAUCACAGCUCAGAGGACACCCGGCGUCCCUUCCAACCUCCAAGGAGCUUUGUAUUCUUGCACCUGGCUGCCUGGGACUUUCCUUAGGCAGUAAACAAAUACAAUAAUCAGGGAUAAGACUGCGUGACUAUGUCAAAACAGCCAGUUUCCAAUGUCAGAGCCAUCCAGGCAAACAUCAAUAUUCCAAUGGGAGCCUUUCGGCCAGGAGCUGGGCAACCCCCUAGAAGAAAAGAAUGUACUCCUGAAGCAGAGGAGGGAGUGCCUCCUACCUCAGAUGAGGAGAAGAAGCCAAUUCCAGGAGCAAAGAAACUUCCAGGACCGGCAGUCAACCUUUCGGAGAUUCAGAAUAUUAAAAGUGAACUGAAAUAUGUCCCCAAAGCUGAACAGUAGUUGAAAAAAAUAGGGGUAAAAGAGCUCAAUGAUAACAAAGAAUUGGAAAGAAAUAAAAUAAAUAUUAAAUGGGUCACAAUACAUCAAUUACAAGAAAAAGAAACAAAGGUAAAGCCUAAGAAUAAUUGGACAAUUACACCAAUGGACACCAAUAUAGCAGCAAGUGAAAGCCCUAGGACUCAUAUGGCUCCAGAAAGAAAUGAUCAUUGUGAAGUUGCAGGAGUUCUGUCCUCAGUGCUGGGUGUGGGAGCAUGCCCAUGCAUUACAGGACAGGCAGACCUCUUCUGUCUAGGUAAAGAGUAAACCAAGGUCUCAGAGAAAUACAAAGCACAUUGGUGGCUUGUUAUUUUUGACAUACAAUAAUUGUACACACUUAUUCGGCACAGUGUGAUAAUUUGUCACACACACACAAUGUGGGAUGAUCAAGUCAGGGUAAUUAAUAUGUUCUAAUCCCUAAACUUCAUCAUUUCAUUGAGUUGUGAAGCUUAAAAUUCCUAAUUCUUUAUAAAAUAUGUAACAUACUGCCAUGUACUAUAAACAUGGAUGCUCCAGGAGACCAAACUUAUUCCCAUGAAGCCAUACUGUGACAUCUGUUAUCCAACCUCCCUCUCCUCCCCACCCCAUCAUAGUCUUUGCUGAUUACCAUUAUACUCUGUGUUUCUAUGAAAACACCUGUGUUUUGAUUUUCACAUAUUAACUGAGAUAAUGAAAUAGUAGUCUCUCUGUGCCUGAUUCAUUUCACUUAACACCAAAUCCUUUAGCUCCAUACACAUUGUCACAAAUGACAUGAUUUCA